AAUGUGUCCUGACGUCAGGUUGCUCGGUUCCCGGGAAGCGGAGGCACCGGGAUUGAGGGAGUGAGAGAGGGAGAGAGCGGCCGAGCGGAGGGAGUGAGUGAGGAGCCAAGAAUUGUGAGAUUUUCCACACCAACGGAGUUGGGAACACCUCUCCCUCUGUACAGGUUUAUAAAUCAUGUCCAAUCCAACUUGGCUCCCACCACGGCAGACCGAUGACUCUGGGCAUGUACCAGCCAGAGUAGAGACCAUGGCAUCAAUCGCCACUCCCAGCAUCUCCGUGUCCACUCAACAAACACCAAAGAAAUUCGCACCUGUGGUGGCUCCAAAACCCAAGUUCAACCCCUACAAACAGAAUGGGCAGCCCCUUGGACAGGUGGGGACUGAAGGUGAAUUUCCUCCACCUCCUCCACCUGUAGAAGGAUUGAACCAGAUGUCGACAUUUCCUGGAGGAUUCCCGUCUCUGCCACCCUUACUUCCGGAACAUUAUGAAACAAGUGCAAGUUUAGGGGUUCAGACAGGUAAGAAGAGCCUGGAUGAAAGGCGAUCAAGUCUGGAUGCAGAGAUUGACUCAUUGACCAGCAUCUUAGCUGAUCUGGAGAGCAGCUCACCCUAUCAGCCUCGUCCUCGACAGAGUCAUGGAGUUGCCUCGACCAUCAGCUCUUCUACUCCACAAGCUCCAAUGACAACCUCUCACAGUCCAGUGAUCGGACAUCAGAGGAUGGUUAUCCCCUCUCAGCCACUUCUAACAGCCACCAAGAAAGCAGCUGCAAAGCCCCACGUGGCACAGGGUGUAGCUGUGGCCCCAAAGAGCCAACCACAGCCAGUUCCAGCCUCCUAUACCACAGCCUCCACACCUGCCCGACCUGCCUUCAACGUGCAAGUUAAAACAGCACAACCCAAUCCAAAUUUCAUGCCACAGGGGCUUCAGCAAACAGGUCCAGACCCUGCCCCUUCUCAGUACCAGCAGUAUAACUUGCAGCCAUCCAGGUUCCCUGAACCAGCUCCGCCGAUUCAGCAUUACACUCAACAGCCCCGCACCAUAGACCAUGGGUAUGGAGCGAUGCCCACACGAUACCCUGACCCAGGUUAUACUUACACGCCUUCACCAAGUCGUUACCUAGAUCACCGACCUAUGGCUCCAGCACCGGCAUAUGGAGUGGGGUAUGCAGGUGACCCAACAUAUGGAGCUCAGAAUACCUGGAGACCAGAAGCAGCUUAUACUCAAGUCACACCUGGAUCAAACACUAGUGCCUAUCAUCAACCAGCUCCCACCAAGAAAACCUACAUCACUGACCAAGCUCCGGGACCAGCUGCACCUCUGCAGCAACCCAAGAAUGUCUACCAGCCUCCAGUUCCUGCUCCCAUCCCUGCUCCAGUUUCCACUCCAGCUCCUGCUCCACCUCCUGUUGCGGUUCCCACUCAAGCUCCUGGAUUGAGUGCAACUGGUGCAAGACCAGAGGAUGAGCUUGAACGUUUGACGAAAAGGAUGCUGUAUGACAUGGAGAACCCACCGUCUGAUGAUUACUUUGGCUGCUGUGCUCGUUGUGGGGAGAGUGUUGUUGGGGAGGGUGCAGGCUGCACAGCAAUGGACCAAGUCUUUCACGUUGAUUGCUUCACCUGCAUGACGUGCAGUCACAAGCUCCGAGGGCAGCCCUUCUAUGCUGUGGAGAAGAAAUCCUACUGUGAGCCCUGCUACGUUAACACCCUGGAAAAGUGUAGCGUUUGCUCUAAGCCGAUAAUGGAGCGAAUCUUGCGUGCGACAGGCAAGGCCUAUCACCCACAAUGCUUCACCUGUGUGAUGUGUCACCGCAGCCUCGAUGGGAUCCCCUUCACUGUCGAUGCAUCCAAUCAGAUUCACUGCAUUGAGGAUUUCCACAAGAAGUUUGCUCCAAGGUGCUGUGUCUGCAAUGAGGCCAUCAUGCCAGCCCAAGGUCAGGAGGAAACUGUGCGUAUUGUGGCUCUCGACCGUGAUUUCCACGUGCAAUGUUAUCGCUGUGAGGACUGUAAUAUCCUCCUGUCAGAUGGAGACACUCAAGGAUGUUACCCCCUGGAUGGACACAUCUACUGCAAGAAUUGCAAUGCCAAACGUAUCCAGACACUGACCGCCAAGGCCACCACUGAUCUCUGAUGACCCCAGACAGCCCACUGAUCCAUACUGCCCAGUAGGAGCAGCACGUCAACCUGCGGUGACUUGACUUCCCCACUGAGUUUCCUUGAGUUGGGAGCUCCUUACCAAAGAUCAGGCAGUUAGCAGAAUGCUGCGCCUCUCCCGCUGCUCUUCCUCUUUCCUGCUUACCAGCCACAGCCUUACUUCUGCCAAUCACGCUGCUGCCUCAGUCGAUAUAGACACUUCCUGUGACACAGCUUCAGCUUCAUUCUGGCUGCCUUGUAAUGACAGCAGCAAGAAAACUCGAUCUCUGAGAUGGUGCCAACCCUAAUAACCACCCUGCAGUUAAACAAGUUAGUGAGUAUAUGCCUUAAAAUGUAAUCCGAAAGUGGCUUCUUUAUAAAUUGUACACGGUGGCUGUAGCUCAUUCUCACACCAUACAGUCCCAUACACUGUUAUUGGCUGACACGUGAUUAUUUUCCCUGUUCCUGGUCACAGAUCAGUUGCCCUUACCCCGUCAGCAGCUUUCACCCCAGUUACUGCUGAAACUGCUGCCUUCAAUCAGAGAGGAGCAGGAUUUUACAAUUAGCCUCACUGUUCUUCAGCUAAGGAAAUGGAAAAGAUUGAACAGGAGUCAUACCCCUGAUGACAACGCCAGUAACCUCGACUAGAACACUUGUGUAUUAGGCAAGGACAAAACUGUUACCAGUGAAAGUCCGUGUCUGUGUAACCCAAAACCCAGUGAGAGUCAGCACCUUCAGGAAUUGUCCCCCAGUGAGAGUCAGCACCUUCAGGAACUGUCCCCCAGUGAGAGUCAGCACCUUCAGGAACUGUCCCCCAGUGAGAGU